CUCUUUGGACUACGGUAGUUUCUACCUACUCUAUGAACUUGACUUUACUUUUUGACCUAACCUAACUUUUCUUUUAUUUGAUUGUAUUGUAGAUUUGAUUUCUUCAGAAGGAUAAUAUUGUCUGGUGUAUUUAUCCACUAAGAGAUGGCACAUAUGCUACGCAAGGUGUGUUUUAAGCCUUCAAACAUCAUAACCAGAAACUUUACCAAAAUAGCCAUAACUGAUGAUGGGUCUACUAUAGUUGCGCUACACCUCGAGAAAGAGUUUCCUUACGCACUAUCUAGACCUCUUCCUGAAGAAAUUGAAGAUAAAUCUCUUUUAAAAAUGACUGAUUUAAAUGAAGCUCGAAGAGUAUUCAAAGAUAUGGUUCCUGAAAUAGCGAGAAAACAAUUAUCCACUCUUACACUAACAACGUCCCACCGCUGGUUCCCAAGAGCCAGGGAUAAGCGUGCCAAGAAAACAGAAAUGAAUAGACCAUAUUUGUAAAAUUGUAAUUAUACCUAAUUCAUAGCAUAUUAAUAUCAAUAAAGAUAUUAUUUAGAACAAUAACAUUUAUUAAAG